AUGGCAAUGGUGUAUUCAAAGAGAAGAUUUUCACAUCAUCCUAUUGCAACUGCCGCGGCGGUCCAGUGCACAGGUCGCUGGACUCCGACCUUCGUGGCCAAGGGUUCAAUCCCCGCCGUGGCAGGCCUGACGGUGGUGGGGACGUUCCUGCCCUCGUACCUCCCGGACUGGCCCGUCGACAACCUCUCCCUGUGGCUGUCGCUAGCGGAGGGCCUGCUGCUCCCUCUGGUGCUGGGCCUCGUCGACGCCACCUUCAGCGGGGCGGCGGGGGCGUCCUGCUCCCGGGAGAAGCCGCAGCCGCACAAGAAGCUGGACGCCUUCCUCUACGACGCCACGGUGCUGGAGUACCUGGUGGGGCAGGACGACGAGUGCCGCCUGCUGACCGUGGGCUCCUGGUACGCGCUGACGGGCUACGGCGUCGCCUUCGCCAGGAAGUCCAAGUACCUGGAGAUGUUCAACGAGCAGAUCAUGAAGUACCGAGAGAACGGGGACCUCGAGAGGAUCGCCAGGUUCUGGUUCACGGGCGCCUGCAAGCCCAACAAGCAGCAGAAGUCCUCGAGCAAACCCCUGGCCCUCGAGCAGUUCAUGUCCACCUUCCUCCUGCUGGGCUGCGGCAUCCUGCUCGCCCUCCUGCUGCUGGGCCUCGAGCACGUCUACUUCAAGUACUUCCGCCAGUACGUGGCCAGGUCGGAGACGGGCACCUGCUGCGCCCUCCUCAGCAUGAGCAUGGGCAAGUCGCUGAGCUUCCCCGGGGCGGUGUUCGAGAGCCAGGACGUGCUGCGGGCGCACCGGUGCCAGGACCCGCUGUGCGACACCCACCUGUGGAAGGUCAAGCACGAGCUGGACAUGGCGCGCCUCCGCAUCCAGCACCUGGAGAACCAGCUGGUCGACCACGGACUCCGCCCGCCGCACAGGAAGGAGCUGUCCACCGCCUCCGCCCCCGCCGACUUCAGGAAGACGCGAGACCUGACGCGGAACCACGUGACCAACAACGAGCCCAUCAGAGGCCCUCUCCUGGCCGCCAGCAGCAGCAGCAGCAGCAGCGGUCGCAGGUACCGGCGGCUGGAGGUGGCUGAGCUGGAGACGGUGCUGUGAUGGCCCCGUCGCUGCGCCGAAGGGAG